AUGGCAGCUGGAAGAAAAGGCCAGUAUGACCUGUGGAGGUCCUCGAUGGACAGCCUGUCCCAAUUAAUGGAUUCUGACAUGGAUUAUGAAAGGCCAAACGUAGAGACCAUCAAGUGCGUGGUGGUGGGGGACAACGCUGUGGGCAAGACCAGGCUUAUCUGUGCCCGGGCCUGCAAUGCCACCCUCACCCAGUACCAACUGCUCGCCACCCACGUGCCCACAGUUUGGGCCAUUGACCAGUAUCGGGUAUGCCAGGAGGUGCUGGAACGUUCCCGAGAUGUGGUAGAUGAUGUGAGCGUGUCUCUCCGCCUCUGGGACACCUUCGGAGACCACCACAAAGACCGUCGCUUUGCUUAUGGGAGGUCUGAUGUGGUGGUUCUGUGCUUCUCCAUUGCCAACCCCAACUCCCUCCACCAUGUCAAGACCAUGUGGUACCCAGAAAUCAAGCACUUCUGCCCCCGAGCACCUGUCAUCUUGGUGGGCUGCCAGCUGGACCUGCGUUACGCCGACCUGGAUGCUGUCAAUAGGGCCAGGAGACCCUUGGCUAGGCCCAUCAAGCCCAAUGAGAUCCUUCCCCCGGAAAAGGGCCGAGAGGUGGCCAAGGAGCUGGGCCUCCCCUACUACGAGACGAGCGUGGUGGCGCAGUUCGGUGUCAAGGAUGUCUUCGACAACGCCAUCCGGGCAGCGCUCAUCUCCCGCCGGCACCUGCAGUUCUGGAAGUCCCACCUCCGCAACGUGCAGCGGCCCCUGCUGCAGGCGCCUUUCCUGCCCCCCAAGCCACCGCCCCCGCUCAUCGUGGUGCCCGAUCCCCCCUCCAGCAGCGAGGAGUGCCCUGCCCACCUCCUGGAGGACCCGCUGUGUGCAGACGUCAUCCUUGUGCUUCAGGAGCGGGUGCGCAUCUUCGCCCACAAGAUCUACCUCUCCACAUCCUCCUCCAAGUUCUACGACCUGUUCCUCAUGGACCUGAGUGAGGGGGAGUUGGGGGGACCCUCAGGGUCAGGGGGCCCCCGCUCAGAGGACCACCGGGGUCACCCUGAUCAACACCACCAUCACCACCACCACCACCAUGGCCGGGACUUCUUGCUCCGGGCAGCCAGCUUUGACGUGUGUGAGAGUGUGGAGGAGGGCGGGGGCUCUGGGCCUGUUGGGCUCCGGGCAUCCACCAGCGAUGGGAUCUUACGGGGCAAUGGGACAGGGUACCUGCCUGGGCGGGGUCGAGUGCUGUCUUCCUGGAGCCGAGCUUUUGUGAGCAUCCAGGAAGAGAUGACAGAAGACCCACUGACUUACAAAUCCCGGCUGAUGGUGGUGGUGAAAAUGGACAACUCCAUCCAGCCAGGGCCCUUCCGGGCUGUUCUCAAGUACCUAUACACAGGGGAGCUAGACGAGAACGAGCGAGACCUCAUGCACAUCGCCCACAUCGCUGAGCUGCUCGAGGUCUUUGAUCUGCGCAUGAUGGUGGCCAACAUCCUCAACAACGAGGCCUUCAUGAACCAGGAGAUCACCAAGGCCUUCCAUGUCCGCCGGACCAACCGAGUUAAGGAGUGCUUGGCCAAAGGCACCUUCUCAGAUGUGACCUUCAUCCUGGAUGAUGGCACCAUCAGCGCCCACAAGCCCCUGUUGAUUUCUAGCUGUGACUGGAUGGCUGCCAUGUUUGGGGGGCCAUUUGUGGAGAGUUCCACCAGGGAGGUGGUGUUUCCUUACACAAGCAAGAGCUGCAUGCGGGCCGUGCUGGAGUACCUGUACACCGGCAUGUUCACCCCCAGCCCCGACCUGGACGACAUGAAACUCAUCAUCCUGGCCAACCGCCUCUGCCUGCCGCACUUGGUCGCCCUCACAGAGCAGUACACGGUGACUGGGCUCAUGGAAGCCACUCAGAUGAUGGUGGACAUCGAUGGGGACGUCCUCGUGUUCCUGGAGCUAGCUCAGUUCCACUGUGCGUACCAGUUGGCUGACUGGUGUCUUCACCACAUCUGCACCAACUACAACAAUGUGUGUCGCAAGUUCCCCCGAGACAUGAAGGCCAUGUCCCCAGAAAACCAGCAGUAUUUCGAGAAACACCGGUGGCCACCCGUCUGGUACCUAAAGGAGGAAGACCACUACCAGCGGGCCCGGAAGGAGCGUGAGAAGGAGGACUAUCUGCACCUGAAGCGGCAGCCCAAGCGGCGCUGGCUGUUCUGGAAUAGUCCGUCCUCGGCGUCCUCUUCGGCCGCCUCCUCAGCAUCCCCAUCCUCCUCCUCGGCUGUGGUCUGA